AUGGCUCCGGCAGGUUCACGUAAUGUCAAACAGGGCUGCAAGAGAGUUCUCUAUUGGAUUCCGGUUCUAUUCAUCGCACUCAUAGUGGCUUGGUCGUACUUCGCCUACGUUGUCCAGCUUUGUUUGGUUUCAAUUGAAGACACGUGGGAAAAGGUUAUCUAUUUAAUGGUGUACCAUGUCAUCUUCAUCAUGUUUAUCUGGGCUUACUGGCAAACAAUCUUCACCAAGCCCAUGAACCCUCUGAGGGAGUUCUGCCUGUCCUAUUCGGACAAGGAGCUACUGGAGCGUGAAGACAGGGUUGAGUCUCAGCAGGAGAUCCUGAGAAGAAUAGCCAAGGAGCUGCCUAUCUACACACGCACAAACUCUGGAGCAAUCCGUUUCUGUGAUCGUUGCCAGCUGCUGAAGCCUGAUCGAUGUCACCAUUGUUCAGUUUGUGAUAAAUGCAUCCUAAAGAUGGAUCACCACUGUCCCUGGGUGAACAACUGUGUGGGAUUCUCUAAUUAUAAAUCCUUCAUGCUGUUUUUGGCAUAUUCGCUGCUGUAUUGCCUUUUUAUAACUGCUACAGACCUACAAUACUUUAUUAAAUUUUGGAUGAAUGGCUUUCCAGACACUCAGGCCAAGUUCCACAUUCUGUUCCUCUUCUUCUCUGCCUCCAUGUUCUCAGUCAGCCUCGUGUCUCUUUUCAUCUAUCACUGCUGGCUUGUCUUCAAGAACAGAUCUACUCUUGAGGCUGUUCGUGCGCCAGUGUUUCGCCAUGGAACGGACAAGAACGGAUUCAGUCUGGGCUCCAGUAAGAAUUUUCGUCAAGUCUUCGGUGACGAAGUCAAAUAUUGGCCUUUUCCUAUUUUCUCCAGUUUAGGGGAUGGUUGCUCGUUCCCAACAUGCCUGGUGAAUACUGACCCUGAGCAACCCUCUUCGCCCAACAGCUACAACCCUACACAAAAAAGUAAUGCAGAGGGUCGCCACUUUUCCUUCAAGCCAAUGAGGGAGAGUCAAAGUCGAUUGCUCAGCAGUACCGCCUCGUGGAGUGAAAGUGAAAUUGCGGCAGAUGACAAGAAUGGCGCUAAUAACCCGCUAAUGGCUGCAGAAAAUGAGGCAUAG